GACCCCAAACCCUUAACAGCAAAUUGGGAAGAGAGAGAAAAUCAGGGAAGAAGAAAGAUGCAGAUCUUCGUGAAAACCCUCACGGGGAAAACCAUCACCCUUGAGGUGGAAUCAAGCGACACCAUUGAUAACGUGAAGGCUAAGAUUCAGGACAAAGAAGGGAUUCCGCCGGACCAGCAGAGGUUGAUCUUCGCCGGGAAACAACUGGAGGAUGGCCGUACCCUCGCCGAUUAUAACAUCCAGAAAGAGUCAACAUUGCAUCUUGUUUUGAGGCUUCGCGGUGGCAUUAUUGAGCCAUCUUUGAUGGCGUUGGCCAGAAAAUAUAACCAGGAUAAGACCAUCUGCCGCAAGUGUUAUGCACGUUUGCACCCGCGUGCUGUCAACUGCAGGAAAAAGAAGUGUGGGCACAGCAACCAGCUGAGGCCAAAGAAGAAGAUCAAGUAAACUGUUCUAAUUGCUUGAAGAAGCUCUAUGUUGUCAUGCACUACUGGAUGUCUUGUAGUCAUGAUAACUUCAUUAGCUUAGUAUUGCAGGGAAUCUGUUGGAAAUUGAACUGCCAGUUUUACUCUGUUAUGAUUUUAGUUUUCAAUUUGAGACUGAUAGAUAUCAGUUAUGCUACAAAGUUCCAUGUGUUGACAUAAUUUUGUUGCUUUUUAUCAUACGUGAUGGCUUUUUUUCAUACUACCGAGUUGUUUUACUAAUUUACAGUGACAUGGGAGGGAGUUUGUUUCACUGGUUUUUGCAUUUGAUGUGAAGUUGAAUAGGUGCACCAAUUAUCGAAGACAUAAUAAUGUUAACGAAUUUUUUAUU